AUGCCAAAAUGGGUGACUGCAAGGCAUCAUCCUUGGUCCCAUUCUGAUUACACUGAAGAUAUUCCUAUCAAUCUCGAUGCAGUACUCCCACACAUUGUCCACUACUUGGGUCUUUACAUCGACAAAAGACUCAGAGCCCCACCCUCAAUCCAAAAGAACAGAAUGAUAUCAGAAAAACUGUACCUAAGAAUGAAAGAGUACAGUGCUGAUGAUGAUUUUCCAUGGCUAUUGACAGAUAUAGGUGAAAAAUUAAAGUAUCAGCUUAAUUGUCUCACGAUCGUAUCAGAUAAUUACUACAAUGAUGCUUUCAGGAAAGGAUUUUUUGAUGUUUUUAAGAAAAUACCUAUUUUAAAAAUACUAAUCAAAGAUCAUGAAGAUCUGCUUUCUCCAAAUUUUAAAACUUUGGCAGCAUUAUUACAAGCCAGAAAGAAAAGUUGUAAUGUGUAUGUAAUACUGAUUGCCAACGGAGACCAAGUGUCGAGAUUUCUUCGAUUUGGAGAUAGGCAUCGUGUGUUAGACACGAGGGCAAAGUACGUAAUGCUUUAUGAUUCAAGGCUUUUCAGACCUGAAGUGCAAUAUCUUUGGAAAAAAAUUGUAAACGUUAUUUUUCUGAAAAAAUACACAGACAGCCGAAGGUACGAUAUAAGUACGGUACCUUUUCCAGAGAAAAUGGAGGGGAAUUACCUGACAAAAAGAAUUGUCAGUUGGAAAAUGGGCAAAUUUCAGUACAAUAAAAAUCUUUUUCAAGAAAAAUCUUCCGAUUUGAGUAAUGAAAAUUUGCGAGUGGCUGUGUUAGAACAUAUGCCAUCUGUAGUCAAAAAGCCAUUUAAUUGUGACUCUGCCAAAGAGUAUUUAAUAUCUGGGACAGAUAAGAAGUUGAUGAAAUAUGAUGGUCUAGAAAUCCAAAUAUUAAGAAGUUUGUCUGAAGCGAUGAAUUUCAAUGUGACAAUAUAUGAACCUGCCAAUGCAGGAGUUGAGGCAUGGGGUACGAAACAACUCAAUGGCACUUAUUCUGGCCUGCUUGGUGAAGUUACAUCAGGACGAGCAGACAUAGUUCUAGGAAAUUUUGUCUAUACACCUUACAACUUGCAACUGAUGGAUCUAAGUAGGCCUUACAUUACACAAUGUUUUACAUUCAUCACGCCUGAAUCAACAACAGAUAAUUCAUGGAAGACGUUGAUUCUUCCAUUUAGACUUAAUAUGUGGCUAGCUAUUAUUUUGACAUUGUUCAUCUGCAGCAUUAUCCUUUUUGGGCUGGCUAAAUUUCAAGAUUUCUUUGAGUUGAACCGUCAAGGGAGGACAGCUCAGGGCAACAGUUUUUGGAGAGAUCUUAUAUUAUUGUGGAAUGACAGAAAUAUUAAUGUUGUCCAAGUUAGAAGCUCAUUUACAGCCUUGAGAGAUGACGAUGGAUCAGAAGGCCUUUAUUUAUUUGACCAAAUGGACAGUAGCCUUCUCAAUGCGUACAGUAUGCUUCUACUUGUUUCUUUACCUAAGAUGCCUUCAGGAUGGUCAUUAAGAAUGAUGACUGGCUGGUGGUGGAUUUAUUGCUUACUCGUGACUGUUGCUUACAGAUCCAGCAUGACUGCUAUAUUGGCAAAACCAGCUCAGAAGGUAACGAUCGACACCCUUGAAGAGCUAGCCGAAAGCCCAAUAGGCUGUGGUGGUUGGGGAGAACAAAAUAAAGAAUUUUUCACAACAUCUCUGGACAUUGCUGGCCAGAAAGUGGGGAAAAAAUUUGAAGUUAUGUAUGACCCGGAUGAAGCGAUUUCAAAAGUUGCAGACGGAGAUUUUGCAUAUUACGAAAACAUUUACUUUCUCCACCACGCAAAAGUAAAGGAAAAGCUAAUUGAACUCUCGAUGAAAAAUGAUACUGAAGGUAAUGUGAACUCUACAUCAAGCGCAGGGAUGGACAAAGACCUUCAUAUAAUGGGAGAUUGUGUAAUCAACAUGCCCAUUUCGCUCGGUCUUCAGAAAAAUUCACCCAUCAAACCCAAAGUGGACGUGUUCCUCCAGCGCGUUGUUGAGGCUGGUUUAGUCAAAAAGUGGCUCCGAGAUAUGAUGAUAGAAGCCGCAGUGGCCGAGGCCGCGUUGAACAAAGUCGAAAUAAAGGCUUUGAUGGACUGGAAAAAGUUUUAUGGCGCGCUUGUCGCCUUGUUGGCUGGCUACGUCUUGGCGAUUCUUGUGCUCACGGCAGAAAAUAUCUACUGGUAUAGAGUUGUAGUUCGCAACCCAUUCUUUGACAAGUACUCAAAAGGAUUGUAUUAUUCAAGAAAAAAGGUGGUGAAAAAAGAAAUAAAACCAUUUAAUUUUGUAAGAUAAGAUGUUUAGCUUGUAAGAACAAAAACUAAGGUUUUCUUUCGUAAUU